AAAAUAAAAUAAAAUAGAUAGUGCCGUACUAAAACAACCAGUAAUUUUGUUGCACCAUCAUAGCUUGCAAGGACCUGGUGUCUAAUUUGCUGCUCUCGCCCGGGGCGGAGAGCCUUUAUUGUGACGUCUCCCUUAGCAACCGGGAGCGGAACCCGCGUCCUAGCGACGGCCCCGCCCCUCCCAUUCAUGGCCCCGCCCCCUCCAUCUUGCAUUGUGGAGGCGCCGCAGUGCGCCCAGGCGAAUUUCCCCUUUUCUGCCAUCGCCUCCGCGCUCUCAAGAAAUCGGUUUGCUUCUGCACUGAUGCGGAGGUGGAAAGCGGGAGAGGAGGGAAAAUGGGCAGCGCUUUGAAGGCUAGAGGCGCAUAAAAGGGAGUGAGAAGGAGCUAUGUGACGGCCGCCGCCCCCACACCCAAGGAAAACCUCCAAAAACCAGCCCAGUCUACCUGGCUUUCUGCUUGGUCUUUCUCUCUCUCUCUCUCUCCUCCUUUGGUAAAGGCAGAAAGGUGGGAAAGAGGAUUCGAAAAUGCUGGACACCAUCCAUGCCACGAUCUUGGAGGGCGGGAGGAACGUCUUCCUUACACUUCCCAAGCUCACUACAGAAGAUAUCCUCGGUAUUUGGGGCACUGUUUCGGAAUUCGUUGAAAAGCAACUUUCCAUGAAUAAGGGUGUCUUAAUACCAGGGUUGGGGACAUUCUCCUUCUUGAGACAGAAGCUUGAAGUCGGAAAUAACAAAUACAUCCUCAUACAGCGGCCUGUGUUCCUUCUGUCUGAGAAACUUGCGCAGAUCCAUGGGCUGAAGUUUACCAAAAUACACACUCCCGGUGAUAUCCCAAUUGUUCCGCUAAAUUUCAUAGUGUUAUCCCUGGAGGGCCCUUUCAACAGGGAGACCGUGGAAGGAUGUGUCCGAGAGACACUGCUGUCUUUCUCGCGGUCCAUCGCCACCAAGCAGACGGUUGAGUUCACCUUCAAAGGGAUUGGUGUCCUGGUGAUCCGGGACAACAGGGUGAAAAUGAAGUUUUACAAAGACUUCCUUCGCGCCAUGGAUGGGAGUGGGAAUCUCCUGAAGGCGCUUACAAACAGGCCGGGCACAGGGGACUCGGUGUUGUCAGCCAAAGAAACCACCCUUCCACAUUCAUGCACCGGUAACGUGGUUUUGUUUCCAAGCCACCGUAAGGUUGAGAUGGGAACCAUCCCCGAAGAAGGUGAGAAGACCAGGAAGGAAAAGGGGCAGGCAGAGAAAGAAAACAGCAAAAAAGAAAAUCUCUCGCCCAAGCGCCUUCUGUCUCGCCAGCUGAUUUCUCCGGCCAAAGUCUCAGGGGUCUGUUUGACCGAAGAGUACGAGAAGAACUUGAAGCCCAAGCUGCCUCCGCAAAGGCAAGGACCGACAACAACGCCCAUUCACGAAGCCCCGAAGACAGAGCAAGAAGCCAGCCCCGCCAAAAUUCCUGCCCUCAGACCCCGGACUCCAUCCCCCGUUUGUCAAGAUCAUGGUAGGGCAGGCCAGGAAAUGUGCUACUUGUGCAUGCAGCGUGCUCAGAGGAGCAUGCCUUUUUACACGGGUGAAGACAAGAGGAAGAAAGAGAAGGAAGAAGACAGGAUGUUGGCACAGUAUCAGGCCCUAAAGGAUCAUGAAGCCUUUCAGAGGCAGCUGAUGCGAGCGAUGACAAAUCGAGAAGAGAACCAGAAAGUUGCGGCUUUUAACCUCGGGGUUGCCGAAGCCACCAGGAACCACAAGAACGAUAAAGCUUUGGACAGCUACAAAUCGUACAUCUUUGAGAAGAGGCCAACCAGUGCCACCUUUCAUCAAAAGCAAGAGGUGUACGCACAACAGCUGGGGAAGCAAGUGGAUGACAAGAUGGCCAGAGAGUUGAAGCUGAAGCAGGAUCAGGACCUCAUUGACCGCCUGGAGCAAGUGCAGAUGGCAGAAGAGUUAGCUGCCCAAAGAGCAAGAUACCUGAAGGACAAGAUGGAAGAAACAAAGUGUUAUAAGAGAGCACUGGACACCCAGAUAAAGAUGAGGCCAGCUCCGUUGCCGGAGUACGAGCCUGAUUCGGCUGGGGUCAUCUUUGGGAAGAACGACAUGACUAACGAGAAAAUGGGAGAAGGAAAGAAGCGCUGCCAGGAAUAUUCCAAAUACCAGCUGCAGGCAGCUGCAGAACGGAAGCGGGCGGCCAUCCUCAGAGAGCUGAUUGAUCAGAGGAGAGCAGCAGAGAUGCUUCAGAGAGCGAAGGAACAGUUGAUGGCUGAAAAAGGAGAGCGGCUAGAGAAGAUCUUCCAGAUGAACUUAGCUGUGCAGGAGGACUGGAAGAAGAGUGCUGGACUGAAGAGGCAGCGGGAUUACGAAGAGCAGAUCUUUAGACGCGCUGGCGACAAGCUCAUGCUGCUCGACCAGUGCGCGAGGUAUCGCCGCUGCUACCAGUGCAAGAGGCGCAUGAGCAACUGUGGAGAAGCAAAUGUUUUGGUGGACAGCAAAUACAUCCCUGGAUCCCGGCUGGUAGUUUGAAGCAACUUCGCUGCUUUGUUUCUUCCCUUGCCCUCUUUCAUCUCGCAUUUUUUUUUAAUCAUUCUUUUUUUAAAAAGAGAAAAGAAAGAAAUCUGAUCGUGCUGAUGUGCUUGAUUUGAUUCCCGCAGCUCUGUGCAAUGCAUUCUCCCUAUUUCUGCUCAAGAUUCUUGUUACCCUAACUUCAGUAUGUUUUUAUGGAGAAUUAUGUUGAAUUAAAGAAGACAUGGAAGUGC